AUGGGUCUUUUCAAGCGCAAGGACUCCAAAAACUCGAUCCAUACCGAGAGGGAUGAACAAGAAUCCUUUGUGUCGGCUAACAGCGCUCGUACAUCCAAUGCCUCAUUGAAAUCUCCCGGUUUCAAGGGAAGUGGCAGUGGCUUACCAGCUUCCAUCCCGGAAAUUUCGAUUGCCAAACCGCCCGACCCAGCCUUGGACCCUGCAGCCUACCUGCGAAGCAUACAUGCUGUUCGAGAGCGUUCUAGAUUCGUCUUUGGGAAGGCGAAAAGAAACAAGCUUAACCAUUUCGAUGUUGAUAUGAGCAAGUUCGAAGCCACCGCGUCCUACAUUGUGUCCAUCAUUAAGAGAGAUUAUGCUCCAGACUAUGAUUCGAUUCCUCCCCAUGGUCGCUGGCAGCACUUCGAUAUUGGUGGCCGACCCCGCAUCAAUCAGCUGCUGCAGUCCUGGCCUAGCACAAUCGAUGCGCAAGAACGAACUCGACGAUUAAUCGACCUCUUUGUAGUUUCCGUCCUUCUGGACGCUGGUGCUGGAACUAGAUGGUCUUACAAAUCGAAGGAGUCUGGCAAGUUCUUCUCGCGGAGCGAGGGGCUGGCUGUUGCUACACUUGAGAUGUUCAAGAGCGGACUUUUCAGUAGUGAUCCUACCGAGCCAUGUCAGGUGGAUGGCGCCGGCUUGAAGAAGAUUACGGUAGAACUGCUGGCCAAGGGCGUGCAACACUCAGAGAACAACCCAUUGGCAGGUAUCGAAGGUCGUGCGGGACUCUUGAUUCGACUUUCAGAGGCAUUGAACAAUCAAGAUUUCUUUGGGGUGGAUGCUAGGCCAGGAAACAUGCUUGACUAUCUUCUCUCACACCCCUCGACACAAGCUUCGUCGGUCCCUAUCAUUCCUAUUACAACGCUAUGGUCCGUCCUUAUGGACGGGUUGACGCCAAUCUGGCCGCCUUCCAGAACACAGAUCGAUGGCCUGUCAAUCGGAGAUGCUUGGCCAUGCUCUGACUUGCCCCCGUCCCCUCCCGCGCAACCUUGGGAGACUAUUGUCCCAUUCCACAAACUCACGCAGUGGUUGUGCUAUUCUAUCAUGGUUCCGAUGUCGAAACUGAUGAAGAUUCACUUUGCCGGCAGCGAGCUCCUAACAGGUCUUCCCGAGUAUCGCAAUGGCGGCCUCUUGAUCGAUAUGGGUUUGUUGACUCUCAAGGAAGCUGAUGCUCAACGGGGCAUUGCUGCAUAUAAAGAGAAUGCGCAGAUCAAGGGUCAACCAAAUGUGGAAGUUGUUCCUCUUUUCUCCACCGACGAUGAUGUAGUCGUGGAAUGGCGCGCCGUAACAGUUGGGUUUUUGGACGAGCUACUCGUGGCGGUCAACUCUCAGCUAGGGUUGGUUGGAGAGGACCAGUUAACCCUUGCACAGAUGCUCGAAGCUGGAUCAUGGAAGGGCGGCCGGGAGAUUGCCGAGGUAUCGAGGCCAAACACUAAGGAACCACCGAUUAUGAUACGCUCCGAUGGUACUGUUUUCUAA